UAUUUUUUCUCGCACCCGCGCCUCCCUCCCCACCCGUGCUUCUCUCCUCGACUCCUCCCAUGCUCGCGCCUCCCUUUCCUGCCCGCCGGCCGCACCUCCAUUGCUCCCGACGCCGAUCUCGCCUCCCUCCCCGACCACGCCUCCUUGCCCCAACGCCGGCCACACAUCCCUCCGCAGCCCACCAGCCCCGCUCGUAGCUCCCUCCGUCGGCGCUCAAGCUCCGGCCGGCCCCUCUGCGCUGCCUCCGAGGUCCCCCCGCUCUCGAGCUCUAGCGGCCCAGGGCUGCGGAAGUGAGGAUUGUGAGGAAGGGGCUAGGCCGCUAGAAAAAUGGGGUGGGCGCACGCGGCGGUGGCCAUGGAGGAGGUGCUCGGCCUGGUGCGGGGUUUCGUGGACGUCCUCGUCCUCGCCGGCGGUCGCACCUCAUCCGGCGCCGCCGCCACUUGGAGCUCCGAUGAGGUUAAGAAGGCCUUCCGGUGGGCGUUCUUCUUCGAGGAGGUUUUCAAGGACCUGCGUGAAUCGGGACAUUACGAGGAUUCUGCAGGAGAACUCGAUGCAGCACUCGUUCAGCUCACUUCAAGCCCAGAGUUCCCGAAGGGUCUUGCUGGUAUGCGGUCGGAAACCCUUUCCAAGGCAAGGGUAUUGGUUAUACGACAUUUUCUGAAAGCAAAAGCAAUGAGUGUGCAAAAUUUUGGUGCUCUUCUUGAAGCAGUUGUUGAGAUGGAUAUUGACGGCAUUUGUGCUAGUGGUGUGCCCAAUGCAUGCCAAGAAUAUGCUGAGUCAAUAUUGGUUAUGAAUUCUUCAUUUACGCAGACUAGGAAUGCUUGUGACAUCAGACUUCCCGCUAGUUCUGACGAAUGGUAUGCAGAAUUCAUGGGCCAUUCACGGAUUCUAGUUAGAGAAUUUUUGGAAGGGCUGAAUUCGGCAUCAUGUUCUUGUUUGGCUGAGAGAGGACUGGGAACACUUCUGAACAGUGUGCAAAAGAACGUCUUUGAUGAUGCUAGUAAUAAGACAUGCACCCCAGCAAUUCUGAAAACGCCGCAAAUGAUUGACGAGUUUCUCAUGUGGAAGCAAUGGAGAGCAAAGUGCUUGUCAUAUCUGCUUGAUGAGAGAACCAUUCGGAUUUUGUCUGGAGCUAGUUUGAUUUUUAAAGCUCCCAAAGAGCAGUGGAUGAAAGUGUUUGAGCCCUUAAAAAGUAUUGAAGAAUCUUGUCAAAAUGGUCUUGCCGAAACCAUGGAGCUAUGCUUUCUGGGUUUGAUUUCAAGGCAAUGGAAUCCAUUGAUAGAGGGCUUCAUGUCACACACUUUCUGUUUCAUUCCUAUAUCCAAGCAGUACACUGAUCUGCAUCAGUUGCUUCAGGGAGCUUCUCCGGACAAAUGCCAAGACAGAUUUCUUGACUUGGAGGAAAAGUAUAUUAUUGAGUAUGCAAGUAAGUCAUUACAGAGUAAACCAUCCACAUUAUGGCUUCUACCUCCAGUUCUUAUCGCCGCAGCAAUACCACCACGGUCAACCUUGUUCCAGAUAUACCUUGCUCAAAUAGAUAAACAAUUUCAUGGAGCUGCUCCUGCGGAUCGAAAGUGUUGCUGCAGAGGAAAUGGAAUAGAUCAGCAUCAUAACUGUGACAUUACUGAGAGGAUUCGAUGUCUCUACACAUUCCAUAUUCAACAACCUCAUCUAACGGUUCCAUAGUGACAGUAGUUAUAAUUCAAGACUACUGAAAUACUAGCAAUAUGAACGGCAAGUCUGAUAGAAAUGAGUGACUGAUUUCCAGGCUCACUGCAAAUGGUAUUUUACAUGUGUGGCCGUGUUUGGCUGAACAGCAGAACAUCAAUUGUUUCCACCUUUCUGCUUGAUGGAAACAGUUGAUCUGAAAGAGAUAUUGAUUAUGACUAUUGCAUAUAUGUAAUUCUGGGGAUUGAAGGAGUUCUUGCUCCUCCUUUUCGUCUCCAAGAUGACAAGUUAUGAAAGAUUGCUACUAGUUUCAUUCCAUGUUGACCCGGGUGAUUGCUUACAUAUUCGGGUGAUUUGUGGCAAGCAUAAUGGCUUUCUCAUCGGUUUUCAGGAGAGUGAAUGUCAAAGAGCUGAUCUCCAAUGCUUCAGUGUAUGCUUGCGCAGCAGAAUCUUCUGGAGCAAUGAGCUUGGUGUUUAGACGCUGGGCCACCAAGAAGACUGCUGGAUCAACAAAAAAUGGCCGUGAUUCCAAUCCCAAGUAUUUGGGUGUCAAAGAAAGUGGAACCAGGAAACAUAAUUGUUCGCCAAAGAGGAACGCGUUUCCACCCUGGGAACUAUGUCAGCAUGGGCAAAGAUCACACUCUCUUCUGCCUGAAGGAAGGCCAUGUGCGGUUCGAGCACAACAAGCUCACUGGCAGGAAAUGGGUUCAUGCUGACCUUAUGGCUGGUCAUCUGCUCCACCCUGUCUACGCCAGAGGCUCAACUACUGCAGCUGACCUUGAUGCACAGUUGACCAUGCAGUUGCUUAUGCUCUUCCCACGGACUGUGCCGUCCUGUGCUUAUCAUCACCAUCACCAAGUGCCUCUUAUUACACAAUGCAACUUGUUCCAGUAAAGAUGCUUGCGAGUAAGAAAUGCUGCUAUGUGUAGUUUCAGUGAGGACUGAGGAGCAGAGAAUUUCAGCUUGCUUAAUGGUCCUUUUUUUUAAAAAAUUAGGGCAAUGUUCCUUUUCAAUAUCAAUUACUUUGGGAUUCAAUGUUGGUUUUAUAGUUUCAUGUAUGUUGAAAUGUUGAUUUAUGGACUGGAACUUUAUCAUUUGGUGCAUAUUUGGAACCAUGAGCGUUCGACUA